AUGUCCCUCCUUGAGCGUAUUCAACAAGCCCGCGCUCGCGAGGCUGCCCAGGCCGGCAGUCCUCCCUCAGAGUCGCAGCCCUCACGACUACCCUACUCGUCGUGGCUGGAACCGGCUCAAGAUGGACCUUUCACCAGAGAAACCUUUCUCGAACGGUGGCUCGCCAAUCUUGAGACACCAACCGAGUUGAAUCGCAGCCUGGCUGAGAAAAAGCAACAGCGCAAUGAGCUUUUCCGCUCACUACCGCCAACGCAGACGAUAGAAACCGCCACAGUAGUUAGACGCUGGACCACAGGAUGUUUGGUCGAGUCUCCAGACACAGACGAACUGCUGUGCGUGGGAGCCUUCGCAUCAAACAAACCAGAACGCCCCGUGACCACCGCCCUGAGCAUAUCACUAGAUGAUGAAGCUUCAAGGGGGGUGAAGUCUCCGGUCAAAGCUCCAGCCUCUUGCCCUCCCAGCGUCAAGGGCAAGCUGUGA